AUGGGGGCCCCCCCCACGGGGGCCCCUAGGGGGGCCCCUAGGGGGGCCCCUAGGGGGGCCCCUGAUGUGAAACUAAAGGAAGAAAGGGGGGCCCCCGAGGAGACUAGUGAGGGCCCCUCCAUGCUGGGUAGCGUGCUCAGGGGCCCCUUGGCCUCCUUGGGGGCCCCAGGGGCCCUGGGGCCCCCCGGGUGUAUAGUAAGAAGUCCUAGGGGUCGUUCAGGCCCUCAGCUGCAGCAGCAGCAACAGCAGCAACUGCAGCAGCAGCAGCAGCAGCAGCAGCAGCAGCAGCAGCAGGAAAGCGACCAAUGGACCCCGGGGGCCCCUGAGAAUGUUGGGGGCCCCAGCCGUGUAGAUGCCUCGAAGGAGAAAUACAAAAAAAAAGGGGGAAAAGACAGAUGA